CUUCCCAAGAUGCCAAAGCUAGUCAAGAACAUAACCCCAUGCCUCAUGAACAAGAUCAAGCUGAUGGACUUCCAGAUGAUUCCACAGAGGCUGAAAUGAAUACUCAGACAGAUUCUCAAGUCUCUUACAUGGAAGCAGAAGAGACUUCGAUAACCCAAGAGGAGACCAUGAAGGAAGAGAAACCACAGACUCCUGAAGUAGAGAAAGCUAAUCAAGAAAACAAAGGGGAAGAAAAAGAAGCAGAAGAAGAGAAAGAGAAACAGACAAUGGAGCCAGUACAACCUGAAAGUCCAUGCAAUACAGAAAACAUUUCAAGUAAAGAUGUUGAAAUGAAUAGUCAGGUUGAAGACACAGAUGAACCUACAGAAUCCCAGACAGACAAUUAAUUUAUAGAUGGCCAUGAUGAGAGAAGAAGAGAAGAGGGUGGUGAAACAAAACCUGCAGUCACUGGUGCAUUAUAAGACCACAUUAAGACUAGCAGACAACAUCAACCAAGGAGAGUGCAACUUGGGAUGGGGGGAGGGGAGGCUGAGAAGGGAAAAGGAUCAUUUACAGUUGUUUCUCUCCUCUGUUUUAUUUUGUUCAGUACACAACUUGAAGCUUCUCUACUUUGGUUAUGAUGUCUUGGUUCUUCUUUGCUUCAAUCUUGUAUUUUUCUGCAUCUUCUUUUGCAAAUCUAAGCCCCCUGUUCUUCUGCAGAAUAUAUACGUACAUGCAAACACACACACACACACAUCUAAAUAUUAUAAAUACUUCUAAAUAUUUCUCAGUUAUAAUGUCCCUUCAUGGCAAUAGGUGCAAAAAAACCUUUUAAACAUUAUUAGAAACUAUCAGAAGCCUAAGAGUUUGUUCUAAAGGAUUACAAAGCACUUACAUCAGCAGCUUCCCAAAUAAUACACUGAUGCUAGCAAUAUUAGUAUCCUUUUUCAUACUGGUACUGUCAGCCUGCUGCUGCCAGUGCCUGAUAGUUUUCAGUUUGUUAGACAAUGAUGAUGAUGAUGAUGAUGAUGAUUUUCCUACUGCCCAUAGGAUAGUAUAAGAACUAGGAAUACAUAGAGACAAGUGUGAAUGAUUUCAGGCCACUUGCAUCAAAUAUUACCAUCCCCAUGUGAAACAUGCUCAGACAAACAAACAUACCCUUCCAUGUGGCUGGAAUGCCUUGCAGGGAGUCUAAACCAGAAGCUGGAAAAUAUUUCCAUAUGGAGAUUCUCCAUAUGAUUGGACCAUCCACCUGAUAAGAGGCUUGCAAGCAUUACAACUCCCAUACAGAGUAGCCACCAUGCAAAAGUAUUUUACAGUUGCCCUCAUGUAGGGGGCUACUACUGACAUUGGAAAUGGCUCUCAGAUGGGUUUUAACUUGUCCAGUGUGGAUGGCUGAGGUUACCCAUGGGCAGAAUAAUACAUCAACUGAAGUUUCUAGACUAAGUAGACUUCUCAUAUGACAAUCAGUUACCACAGUUAGCAAAUUAUUUGCUAAUAUCCUCAUGGCAUGAGACAUUUUAUUUACCCUAAUAUUUUAUUGUCUACUAAUGGGUCAAACCCAGAUUUGAAACACUACUAAAGUACCUAAUAUUUUCAGUGCCCUCUGAUAAGAGGGAUAGCAAAUAUUCUGCAUCUAGCACAUUAAAAUAUAGCUUUUAGCUUUAACAAUUUCUUGUCAACUCUUGUUAUAUUUUCAACUGCAUAUGCACACUUUUUAAUACACAAAGAUGCAAUUAACAGUUAUUUAGUGAGGAAUGUUGUACCAUAUGUCAUCUGUUCUGCUCGCAAAUGCUGUGCUCAACUUAAAAACAAGAAUUUUACAUUCAUUUUUCAACCGCACUGUAAAUUAAAAUGUUACCCUACUUGCAAGAUUGAAAGAAUACACAGCAUGGGUCCAGGGUUUGAUAUUCUGAAAACUAUUUUCCAACUGCUGUUAAAAACAAUUAGAGAAAUGCUUUUUUAUUAUGAGAUUCUGGUUUUACUUCAUUAUGCAUAGACACCAUCCUCCACAGUCCAAAAAUAAUUUUCCGAAUUUAAAAAACAACAACCCAAAACAAUAAAGGUGUAUGUGUGUGAAAUGAAGCUGAAAUCUACUGUUCCUACUCAUUUUUUUCAGUUUUCCCAACAUGAAUCUGUAACAAAGUACGAAGCAUAUUUUAAACUUCCACAAUUGUAUAUGGAGAUAUGAAUUAGUUCACAGCAUGCCAUUUGUAGGUGGAUCACAAAGCAAGGGCUGCUGUUUCCAAUGUGAUCUAUAGCUACAUUUCCUAUUAAGCAACUUUUGUGUGCGGUGGGAUGGCGGGGAGACACUGCACUAUGAAAAGGUGACAUUUUCAAUUGCUAAUUUCUAUGUCAUUUUCAAUCAUCCAUUGCAGUGGUGCCCAGGAAACUAACUUUUCUAUCUAGAAUCACAUAGACGUUAAUAUCAUCAGCAUUAAUGUGAACCUAGGUUCUAUAUAUGAUAAACUGUAUUGGUUACAUUUAAAUAUAUGUCUUCUGAUAUUUUCCUGUACUUAGUAAGAAUGUAUUUUAGUCCCCCAUUUACCUGUGAAGCUCCUGUGCCUUUUUUCAUUUUCAUUCCUGCUAUCUGUAAUCAGAGAUAUAUUUUCCUGCUAUUAUGUCCCACACACACACAUAUACAUUCACAGGUUGUCUUUGUAUUGAUUUAUCAUUUCUGGUAGAUUCCACUUACUAUUAUCAAAGGUCUAGCAAGCUGUGCAUCACAAACUACCCCAAUUUAGCCAAAGCAAUCUGCAUGUGAAAGCAGCCUUCAGAGCAUGGAUUACCUUGCCCAAGCCGAUCCAUGCAUGAAAGGGUGAUUGUGGGGAUUUUUUUUAAAAAAAAAUCCCACAUGCAAUACAUGGGACUGCCUAAAUGAUGGUCUUUACUGGUUCACAUCACGCUGAAAGAUAAGGCUUUGUUUUUUUCCAGUUCUUUUGCCUCAGGGUGCUGUAGCAAAGUCUGCAGCAUAGAUGAAAAGCUGAGAAUACGGAAGUGGAAAAUGUUGAUUAGCAGUACAAUCCUAUGUAUAUUUAUUUGAUUGUAAAUUCAAUGGGGCUUACUUGCAGUAAUAUGUGCAUGGGAUUGUAGAUCGCAGUUGUCCGAUUUCAGACUUGACUGCAGCCUGAUUCAGUAAGCCAAACUAUGGCUUAUUUACUGGGAUCAUGCAAACAUGCGGACUCCCAGAUAAAAGUUCAUAGUUGCUUUACUCCUCCCUGGUCCUUUUUGCUCCCAUGCUGUGCUAAGCCAAACUUUGGUUUAGCAUGCCACCCAAAUUGGGACUCAUGGUUAAGUUCUCACCUCACUAACCAUGAGCUAUAGCCAAGAACAAACCUUGACAGCAGCUCAUCAGUGAGGACAGACCUUCACCGGAAGUCUGAGUUCAGACAACAUGCUAAGCCAAACCUUACCUUUGCUCAGCAUCAAAUGGCAGUAAAUAAGACUGAGAAGAAACAAAGCAGUUGCACACUCCUCUUUGAGAGUCUGCCUGUUCGCACAGUCCCAGUAAGCCAUAGUUUGGCCGACCAUGUCAUGCGAACCAGGCCUGUAUGGCUUACAAUAUUUUUCAUAUGGGAUUGUAGGGUUGUAUGCGUUUUGAGAUUUGCUUGGUUUUGAAAGUAAACAAUGCCGUUUCCAUUUUCAUUUGGCUAGUGCUAUACACACACAUGCUUGUGCAGGCUAAGUAGAUUUUGUUAGAGCUUAGAGAAAUAUACACAGUAGACUCUGUAGAAGAUACUCAAACAUGAGUUUGGAGAUGCAUGGGGGUUAAAGUCCAAGCCAUGCCACCUGCCUCCUCAGAUGGCUGGAGUUGUUUCGUGAGUGUGCCUGUGGAUAUCUGUGUUACACAUGAAGAUCUGUGGACUGGGGCCAGCGCGCAUCAGCAUCAAAUGGUUCUUCUAAAAAAGCAAAGGAUGUAAAAUCCUGCAAGAGAUGGGAGGUGUAACUGAUAACUCUGUAAUAAUUCUCCUUCAUACAUUUUGCUCAAAAUGAAAUAGGCUAAAGGGUUCCCUUUGUCUAGGAAGUUUGGAGUAAUACCUGCAUGUUACAAGUUUUUAAACAAAAUAAAUAAAUUAGUUUUAACUUUUUAUGGUUCUGUCAAAAUUAUAUAGAUCUAAUUCAUGUGCUCAUCCAUGUAGCAUACUGGAGAACCAGUAUGAACCAAUGCCUGUUGGCAUGCAAAUCCCUCCAAGCAGUGUUGUGAUUAAGUUUUAGAAAGGAGCAGCAAAAGGGUAACAGACUAGACAAGAGGAAUGUACAAAAAUAUGUAGAGAAAAGCUAUUUGAACUUCUACUAAAGAUGACAUAAUUAACUACCAAAAUACUCUGAUUAGAGCCAUUCUCCUAUAGUACAUGGAAGUAAUUUCAUUGCCAUAUCCACUUAACCUUGGUUCUCCUUAACUGUGGUGGUUCUUUCAGGUUCUGAAAGUUUUGCCUCAGGAUGCUAUAGCAAAGUGUGAAGCAAAGGCAGGAAUCUUAGGCUAUGAAGGUGGAAAAGGCUGAUUAAACUGCAACAGUCUGGUGUCAGACUUGACUCUAUGUGCUUUCAGGCCAGGUGGAUGUUUUUAAAGUAAAUAAUGCAGGCAAUAAUACAGUCCCCAUUUUCUUGGCUACAGCUACACAUAGGCACACUCUUAAUGCAGCCAGAGUAGAUUCUGUUAGAGCUUAGAGAAACAGGCACAGUAGGCUCUAUAGAGGACAUUAAAAUGUGUGAAUUGUUACAUUAACACCCAAGUUUUUAUGACAUCUAACAGAUAUACUCUCACCACCCGCCCAGACUGCCUUCACAAUGCUUUGCACAUAGAGAACAGAGGCCCUAUAUUACUUGUGUUUGCAUACAAUAUGAUCUUAAUGUUAUUGUUCCUAGGUGUCUUUUUAACAUCCUCAUUCUACACUGAAGGAUGAGAUUCUAUUCUAGCAGUUGUUCAUAUGAUUGACAAGUUUCCUUUUCAUAAAAAGUUUACAGAGGAGAUGUCUGAGGCAUUACUUUCUGUAAUAUUGGGGCGUAUUUUAUUCACUACAGCUAAUUGUAAAUCUCUCCCUGAAGCACUGAAAAGCCUCUUUUGUGAAUUAACACUGUUCUGCUUAUGCACUUGAUUUGAAAAAAGACAUUUCUCUAUAUGCAGUGCAUGUCUGCUUUGCUUUUAAAAUGACAAAGUUAGCAAAGUAUGUUUGAUAUAUUUUCUUGGGAAAUAGGGAUUUUAUCAUACAAUUCAUCAAGGAUUUGCCUUACCCUGACAUUUGUGAUAUAAAUAAAGUCAUAAAAAAUGUAAUUUUCUUGAUCAAAAGUAUGUUUUUACUUCAAUGCAAAUAAAUGUAGUCUCUUGCUUGCAAAAUAUCUUUUAUUAUAGACUGCUAAGUAGGGUUAACACAAGUCUCUUUUGUUAAUCUGACAUUUAAAUGCUGGACUUGCUGAUAAACCUGUUCUUUUCCUUUUGUCUGUGCCAUACAUAACUGAAAACUCUAACAAACGAUGCCUUCAUAUUAAAAUGUUUGUUAAAAGCAAAAUCAGAAUAAAACUUGUUCUGAGGAUAAAGCUGAAUUGCUUGUGUUCCUCCCAG